GUCUUUCCUCCCUUCAUAAUUAAUUAAGGGUAAAGCGAUUGUAUAUAAAAUUAAUUAUGGAUGGCCUUAUAAAGGAGUACAAUCCACUUUCUAUAAGCGUGUGUCUUUCCACCCUCAUUUCAGAACGGAUGGCCUUAUAAAUUUAUUAACAGUGAUUACUUAAUUACAAGCUCAAAUCGAGAUAUUUACAGUUACGUUAAUGGAUAUGGAGAAGCAGGCCGAAAUCAUAGCCGUCCCAUUUCCAUAUCAAGGUCACACAAGCCCUAUGCUUCAAUUCUGCCGUUUAUUAAUGGACGCCGGCGCCUGCCCCAAUGUCACCUUAGUCCUCACCCACGACGUCGCAAAAUCCAUUCACCGAUCCUCCCUCGCCCAAAUUAUACACACGCUAGAGUUAAUCUCCGACGGAAACGACGGCGGAGGCGUACCGGCGGCACCGCCUACCUUCGAGGAAUACCGUGAGCACGUGCAGGCCGCCGUCUCGGAGGGGGUCGCCGCCGUCAUCAAGAAGAGAAAGAGGGCCAAACUUCUAGUGUUCGAUUCGAUGAUGCCGUGGCUAGCGGAGAUCGGGAGAGCGCGUGGGUUGCGCGCGGCUGCUCUGUUCACACAGUCUGCUUCGGUUUGCAGCAUCUAUUACCACAUGCUUCAGGGGCGGCGCGUGGGAGAACGGGGGGAUUCUGAUUCUGCUGGUGCGGUGGUGUCUCUGCCUGCCUUGCCGGUGCCGAUGGAAUUGCCGUCGUUUUCCUUGUUCGGCGAGAUUGCGGGAGAAGUGGAAGAGUUUACGUUGAAGCAGGCAAGAAACAUGGGGAAUGCUGAUUGUCUGUUGUUCAAUACAUUUGACGCCUUGGAAAAGGAGGCAGUGAAGUGGUUAUCAGAAAAAUGGGCAAUCAAGACAAUAGGACCGUUGGUUCCAAGACCAGACAACAAGAUUGACCUGUACAAGUCAGACCACGACCAAGACUGCAUGAAAUGGCUCGACGCCAGAGAGCCCAGCUCUGUGGUCUACGCAUCCUUCGGGACCGUAGUGGUCUGGUCAGAGCAACAGAUGCAAGAAAUCGCAAUGGGUUUGGCCCAAUCCAACAAAUACUUCAUCUGGGCCGUUCGAGACUCCGAACAAUCCAAAAUUCCCAAAAACUUCAAGCCAAACACGGCACAAAGAGGGCUCAUACUAAAAUGGUGCCCCCAAGUGAAGGUCUUGUCCCACAAAGCGGUCGCGUGCUUCCUAACGCAUUGUGGGUGGAACUCCACGCUCGAGGCACUGAGUUUGGGCGUGCCGGUCGUUGCUAUGCCCCAAAUGGUUGACCAACCCACCAAUGCCAAAUUCAUUGACGAUGUUUGGCGAGUCGGGAUCCGAGUUAGGGUCAACGAGCGUGGCAUUGUUACGCGACAAGAAGUCAAUGAUCGUAUUCUCGAGGUAAUGGAGGGGGUGAGAGCCGAUGAAAUUAAAAGAAAUGCAGUCAAGUGGAAGGGGUUAGCAGGGGAGGCUUUAAUGGAAGGAGGAAGUUCAUAUGUGAACAUUAAAAAUUUCAUCUCACAAUUGGCUAUGUAAUGAGAUUCACUUCAUUAUUAUUGUAGCAUAAUAGAUAAAGAAAAUUUGUGGGGUGCCAGGUAUGUAAUACUACUAGUGAUAUUAAAUUAUUAACCAAGGACUUCCAUUUCUAUAAAAACUCAACACUUACUAGUUUCAAAU